CUUGCGUCGGAUUUCUCGCAUCCCUCCGAGCAUCCAGCGACAAAAGUCGCUAUCUCGCGACUUUGUGCUCGCCGCUUCAACGCGCUUGGUAUCCUUCGUUCGACGCGUUUGCCACACUUUUUCCUUCUUCUUCCUCUUCUCCUUCUUCCUUAAUUCGUAUUUUCCGGCUUAACGAGGAUCUUAAUAAUCGCGAGUAGUAUCGACGAGACUGAGAGUAGGAGGUGCCCGCUUGUAGGUACCUAUCGAGAUCGGUUUUGGUCGCGCGAGAAUCGUAGAGAAUCGUAGUAAGGUCGAGCCCCUUCCAUCGAAGGAGAUAGCAGACACGAGAAGAAGCAUCAUAUAAAAUUAAGGCACGGAAGGCAUCGUCGGCAGCACGGAGAGAGCUAUCUACCGAGCAGCUUCGUUCUUGAAACGGACGAGCCAGAAAGAGGAAAUUGGGGACCAUGGUCGAUGCCCAGCUCCUGUUCACGAUCUUGCGGCGGUGGCGUCGCUCAUCAGACCAGGCAGUGUCUCGACGUAGACGAGAGAGGAUAUCAGAGAUGCACGGGUUCCUCGAGGAGAUUCUUUUCUUGUAACGUUCAGGCGUGUCCAGGCGAGCCGAAAGAUUUCCGAGCGGAGCAAUGCGCGGAAUUCAACGACGUUCCCUUCGAAGGAGUGAUUCACGACUGGAUCCCGUACACGGGCAGUCCGCACAAGUGCGAAUUAAAUUGUAUGCCACGAGGAGAAAGAUUUUUCUAUAGAUACAAAGUAGCGGUGACCGAUGGAACGCCAUGCGAGAUCGAGAAAAACAACGUUUGCGUCGAAGGCAAGUGUAUGCCGGUCGGAUGCGACAUGAUGUUAGGCAGCGACGCCAAGGAGGACGCCUGCAGGGAAUGCGGAGGCAACGGCACCGACUGUAACACGAUUCAAGGUUUAUUCGACAACGACGACUUACAAGUAGGCUACAUCGAUAUUUUAUUGAUACCAGAGGGUGCCACUAAUAUCGUAAUAAGAGAGCUGGAACCUUCGAACAAUUACUUAGCCAUACGAAAUACGUCCGGUCAUUAUUACCUAAACGGCAACUGGAGAAUCGAUUUUCCACGUAGUCUGAGAUUCAUCGGCACGAUAUUCCAUUAUUCGAGAGAGCCGCAAGGUUUUUCUGCUCCGGACAUUAUCACGGCACUCGGGCCAACCACCGAGCCGAUUUACGUUGUCUUGCUCUAUCAAGAUCAUAACGUCGGUGUUCAUUACGAAUACAGUAUACCCAAGAAACUCUCGACGCGUACGGACGCCGACAGUUACACGUGGAUCACCGAAGAAUUCUCGAGCUGUAGCACCAGUUGCGGGGGAGGUUACCAGUCCAGGAGAGUGGCGUGCGUUCGAAGACGGGACAACCAACCGGUGGACGACGGCCUGUGCGAUCCGCAGCUCGAGCCAGAGGAUACGCAAACCUGCAGCGAGGAGCCCUGUCCGGCGGAAUGGGUGGAGGGCGAAUGGGGAGCGUGUACCAAGCGUUGCGGCGACGGCGGCUUACAGACCAGGGAGAUCAAGUGCGAACAGGUCGUAGCCGGUGGAAUACGUUCGAUCGUCGACGACUCCCAAUGCGUAGAAAAGCUUGGACCGAAGGGACCAACCGCGCAGGAAUGCAACAGACACGUCGACUGUCCACAGUGGCAUCUCGGACCGUGGAAACCGUGCGAUCGUCUCUGCGGAGAAGGCAAACGGACGAGAAGGAUAACGUGUUACAUCAAGAAGGACGGGAAGAUCGAAGUGAUGGAGGACGCCGCUUGCGAGGGCAAAGUCCCCGAACGGGAGGAGCGUUGCGAGUCGAGACCUUGCGAGGGCCUCGACUGGGUCGUUUCCGAAUGGAGCGGGUGCAACGAUAAAUGCGACCUCACGCAAGAGACGAGGACGGCUCAUUGCGCCACUCAAGAAGGGAACGUGCAUCCGGACGAGAAAUGCGAUUCCGACAAGAGACCGGAACUUACCAGGGAGUGCGAAGACGUCCAAAAUUGCGAGUACCGUUGGUACGCGUCGCAAUGGAGCGAGUGCUCGGCCAAAUGCGGUAGGGGCUUGCAAACUCGUCAAGUAUUUUGCGCUACUUUCGUGGACGACGCUUUGAAGAAAGUACCGGAUUCCAAGUGCGAGCCUGGAAGGAGGUACGAGAGCGCGCAAAACUGUACGAUCGACCGCGAGGAGUGUAAGGGCGAAUGGUUCGCCGGUCCCUGGAGCAAGUGUACGAAACCGUGCGGAGGCGGUGAUAUGUCUCGCAAAGUGAUUUGCAUGAAGGACAACGCGACGGCUUCGCUCGACAAUUGCGACAUCAAUACGAUAAUGUUCGCGAAAGAGAGUUGCAACGAGCAUCCUUGCGGCGAAGACGAAGUUAUACCGGUUGAACCAGACAAAAGCAAAGCCCUGAUGGAGCAGGAGGACGAGGAAUGCGAGGAAUACGAGGACGAAGACUUCGUUACAGUCGGCUCCGAGUUUGCAGUGAGCGGCUCCGAGUCCGGACUUUACAAAGUAACCGAAGGUCCAACGAGCGUCAAGUUCACGUCUUACACGAGCGGAGAAACCGUCAGCGACAUGGACGAAAUGAUGUUCAGCGAUGGCGGAUACAGUAGAGGUGACAUCUCUCCGGGAGACUUUGGCAGCGGUUUCACCAGUAGCGGUUUCGGCAGCGGAGACGACUUUUUGAGUACGCUGUUCACCAGCAAUCCCAGUUUCGAAGAUUGGUCGACCGUGGAAGGAAGCGGUACUUCUCCCGAUACCGAAUCGGUGACCGUUGAAACGACCGAGACCGGGGACGUCACGGAAUUCGAUAAAAGUGAAAGCACGGAAUUGCCGGUCUCGACGGAGUCCGGAGCUACGCAAGUAUCGGACUCCGUUACCAGCGAGUCCGUCACUCAGGUAUCGCCGAAAGAAGAUUCCGAAGCAACGGAAACGUCAACGGACUCGGAGAUUACCAUGGAAUCUGGUGCUACCGAGGAAUCGAUCGAGUCGUCGGGCAUAACGACCGAAUCCGUUGAAUCGUCCGUGUCGGUGGGCAGCACGGAAGGAUUCACCGAUAGCGCGUCCUCCGAAUCAACAACGUCGAACCUUUCAACGGACGCGUCAACGGACAUCACCGAAUCUACCGAUCUCUUUUCGAGCAUCGAUACGACGACGUCAAUGGACGUCACCGUCCCGUCGUCGUCGUCGUCGUCGUCGUCGUCGUCGUCGGAGUUUACGGAUUCUACCGAAUCUGGUGCAACGGACGUAACGGAGUCUACCGUGACGGAGUCUACGGAAUCAACGGAACCUACGGACACUACCGUGACAGAAUCUACGGAAUCGAGCGUGACCGAGUCGACGGGGUCUACGGAAUCGAGCGAGUCUGCGGCGACCGACACGACGGAGUCGACGGAGUCGACGGAGUCGACGGAAUCGACGGAAUCGACGGAAUCGACGGAAUCCAAAGGAUCGACGGAAUCGACGGAAUCAACGAUCGUUGAAGAAACGUCAGCGGCGGUCAGCGAGGAAAGUAGUUCUAUUUCUAAAGUCACGUCCGAAUUGCCAGACUCUACGAUCGAAACGUCGACCAUGGAAUCGGCAAUAUCCGUAGUGGAGAACGAAUACGACACUAAUGUCAAAGAAACCACGGAAAGUACGACGACCGUGUUUGGUACUAGCGAGGCUUCGACGUCGUUCGAAACUGGCCACACCGAAGAAACCGAAUCGACCGAGUCCGGUGCUACUACCAUCGAAACCGGCAUUACGACCGAGUUUGGAUCCUCGGAGUCUGACAGAUUAGGAGGAACCAGCGAAUCUUCGUUCGCUACCGAAAUCGAACCGAGUACCGUCGGAAGCGUCGAAACAACGGAAUCGGAAGUCAGUGAAGCGACCGAUACGACGGAAUCGGGAUUGUCGACCGUUUCUGAAGUAACGACGGAAUCGGGAAUGACCGGUCUAUCCGGUUUAACGACGGAAUCCGAAGGAACCAGCGAGGUUGCACCGACCGGUGAGACCGCUGUCUCUGGUCUGACGACGUCAUCCGAAAUAGAGGAGACAGGGCCGACCGAGACAACUCAUAUUUCCGAAUUGUGGACGACGGUCGGUUCCGUGGAGACAACGCAUAAGUUGAAAAAAUGCAAGGUCUACAAAAAGAAGUCUUGUAAAGUUUCUAAAUUCGGAUGUUGCUACGACGAAAUCACUCCGGCCAAAGGUCCGUUCGGCGGUGGUUGUCCGACGCCUAAAACUUGCAACGAAACGAAAUACGGCUGUUGUCCCGACGCCGUUUCCGCAGCUACCGGGGCUAAUAACGAAGGUUGUCCCGACACCCGAUGCAACGAAUCGCUCUUCGGAUGUUGUCCCGAUGGAAUAAACGCGGCCGAGGGUAACGAUUACGAAGGGUGCAAGAAACCCUGCAACGGGACGGAAUUCGGAUGUUGUCCCGACAACGAAACACCCGCCGCUGGUAAAGAUAAUUUGGGUUGUUGCAACGCAACGACUUACGGUUGUUGCGAGGACGGCAUAAGAGCGGCCGUCGGGCCGAAUCGAGAAGGAUGCGAGGAGGAGGAGAAGGAGGAGGUCACUUCGGAAACGACAACAGCCACGAAAGAGUACGAGACCACGACCUUGGCGACGGAGGAAGAUUGCGCCAAUACAACUUACGGCUGCUGUCCCGACGGCGUCAGACCUGCCUCGGGAACAAAUUUCGAAGGUUGCGGCGUUAUCAAUGCGGAAAAUUGCAGUGCCUCUUAUUUCGAUUGUUGUCCCGACAAAAUCGCGCCAGCACUCGGUCCGAACAACUAUGGCUGUCGAAUGCCGUGCGAGAACUCGACGUACGGUUGCUGCCAGGACGGCGCGACACCGGCGCACGGACCAAACGGGGAAGGCUGUUGCUUGACGACGUCUUACGGAUGUUGCCCGGACAACGUGUCACCGGCACGCGGGCCCGAUCUUUACGGAUGCGGUUGCCAAUACUCGAGAUACGGAUGUUGUCCCGAUAACUCGACCGCUGCACGUGGUUCCAACAACGAAGGCUGCGGCUGCAAGUACACGACUCACGGAUGUUGCCCCAAUCGAUUCACGCCGGCAACCGGGCCUAAUUACGAAGGUUGUCCCUGUUACACGUAUCAGUUUGGAUGUUGUCCCAACGGUAUCACCAUUGCCAAAGGACCGCACGGUCAAGGUUGCGGAUGCGAGAAUACAGAGUUCAAAUGUUGCUCCGACGGCAGAACUCCUGCGAAGGGACACAACUUUGCCGGCUGUUCGUGCGACGCCUCCAAAUACGGUUGUUGUCCGGACGGUAUCGAGGAGGCUCAAGGAGAGAGCUUCGAGGGCUGUCUCACCGUACCCUCUACGCCCGGUGCCGCUUGCGCUUUGGAAAGGGACAGGGGCCCUUGCCGAGAGUUUACGGUGAAAUGGUUCUUCGACACGGAAUACGGCGGUUGUUCGAGAUUUUGGUACGGAGGCUGCGAGGGCAACGACAAUCGUUUCAAGACUCAAGAGGAGUGCAAAGCGAUCUGUGUGGAGCCCAAAGGACGAGACGCUUGCUUCCUACCUAAGAUCAGUGGUCCGUGCGAAAGUUAUUAUCCGACCUGGUAUUACGAUCCCGGAAGAAAGCAGUGCGGUCAAUUCGUUUACGGCGGCUGUCUUGGCAAUGCGAACAAGUUCAAGACGAAGGAGGAAUGCGAGGAACUCUGCGUCGUUCCCGAUGACAUUGAUCCCUGCGAUCAGGCAAAGGAGUCGGGUCCCUGCGGGGGCAAUUUCACUAGAUGGUAUUAUAACAAGGCUUUGCAAACUUGCGAACAAUUUAAUUACGGCGGUUGCAAGGCAAACGACAACAACUUCCCGACGGAGCUCGCGUGUCAUCAGCAGUGCUUGCAGCCUGGCCGAAGUCGCGCGCCCCUAGCGGAUGUGUGCGCCCUCGAGAAAGAUCCUGGGCCAUGUCCGGGCUCUGUAUUGCGUUGGUAUUACGAUUCAAGCCGUCGUACUUGUAGUCGAUUUGUUUACGGCGGUUGUAAAGGCAAUGGCAAUAAAUUCCGUACGCGGGCUGCCUGCGAGCAGCGUUGUCCGACACAAGAACAGGACGUCUGUCUUCUUCCCGCUCUUUUGGGAGAGUGCCAUAAUUACACUCAAAGAUGGUACUACGAUUCGUACGAGCAACAAUGUAGACAGUUCUACUACGGCGGAUGUGGCGGAAAUCAAAAUAAUUUCGUCUCGCAGGACGAUUGUAAGAAUAGGUGCGAAAUCGCGGUGACCGCGGAACCGCCUAAACAAGUCGGAUUUAAAACAGAAUAUUGUUUCCUGCCCGACUUUCACGGUCCAUGUAACGAGGAUAAAAUGAAAUGGUUCUACGACAGCAAAGACGGUAUUUGCAAAGCGUUCGCUUACGGCGGUUGUCAGAGCAACGGAAACAACUUUGACACGCACGAGGAGUGCGAGUAUCGAUGCGGACAAGUUCAAGAUCCGUGCGCUUUGCCAAGAGUCGUCGGUACGUGCGACGGCUUCGUCAAGCAAUAUUAUUACGAUCGUCGAGACGACUUUUGUCACGAAUUCGAAUACAGCGGCUGCCAGGGCAACAAGAAUCGUUUCCAGGACAGAGAAUCCUGCGAGAGAAAAUGCAAGAGAGAGCCGGCAGCGAUCACGGAAGAAGUUCGACCUACUACCGUGGCUGCCACUUCCCAAACCGAGAUCGCGUCGAGUAGUUCGAUUUGUCUCGCACCUGUGGAUGCUGGACCGUGCAACAAUGACAUUACCGCUUAUUAUUACGAUUCUCGAACGAACAUGUGUCAAGCGUUCAUAUACGGUGGCUGCGAAGGUAACGCCAACAGAUUCCAAACGGAGGAACAAUGCGAACGUCUCUGCGGCAAAUUCCGCGGGCAAGACUUGUGUAAUCUACCGGUGGAUCCGGGUCCUUGCAGAGCCCGCUUCUCCAAAUACUUUUACGAUCAAAACAUUCGUACUUGCCGGCAGUUCGUUUACGGUGGAUGCGACGGUAACGCGAACAGGUUCAGUACGAUCUCGGAAUGCGAGUCGCUUUGCGUUCAUCUCGAGGAACCUGCUCCCGUUGGAAACGACACCACGCUUUCUCACUUAGCCAUCUGUAAAGAACCAGUUGACAGUGGAUCGUGCAACACCGGUUUCUCCAAACGUUUCUACUUCGACGAAGAAUAUCAAACCUGCAGAGCAUUCGUUUACACCGGCUGCGGUGGAAAUCGCAACAGAUUCAAAACCUUCGAAUCUUGCAUUAACACUUGUCUUAGCACCGACAACGAAAUCGACACAAGUUCUGAAAAAGACACGAAGGAUCCGUGCAUCGAGGCACGGGAGGAGUGCAAUCUAAUUCGUUGUCCUUACGGCAAGGAAGCGUACGUCGACGAUCAAGACUGCGAACGAUGCCGUUGCGUCGAUCCGUGCAGAACGCAAAUCUGUCCGGAGGGAACAAAGUGCUCGAUUACCCUGGUCCGCACCAAAGAUGGAACCGAAUACAAUGGCGUUUGCAGAUCGACUAUCAAAGCUGGACGCUGUCCAACCGUUUCGAACAGCACUAGGUGCGAGCGCGAGUGCGAGACCGAUGCCGAUUGUACCGGAGAGUGGAAGUGUUGCGACAACGGUUGUGGCACGUCUUGUUUGGAGCCAGCUUUGGAACAGCCGAUAACGACGCCGUCGCUUCGCGUAACACCACCAGUUACACCUCAGUACGGUGCCGAACCCGUCAGAAUAGAACAACCCGAAGAAUCGCACGUUUCCGCCGAAGAAGGUAAUUACGUUACCUUGAAAUGCGUGGCUACCGGUUAUCCAGCACCCGUCGUAACUUGGAGGAAAGACACGACACUCAUCGGUACUACGGAGAAGAGGCGUCGUAUACUGCCCGACGGAUCUCUUCAGAUCAUCAAUUUAUACACGAUCGACAGAGGGAUUUACGUUUGUACCGCCGAUAACAGCGUAGGUCCACCAGUUAGAAUAGAGUAUCAAGUGGAGGUCACGGAACCUCACGAACGUUCCGCGGCCAUCGUUGGAGAAAAGAACGCAACCGUGACGGUGACGAUGAAUUCACCGUGCCUGCUUCGUUGUUACGCUAUGGGUUGGCCGAGACCAUCCGUCACCUGGUGGCGUGGCGAUAACAUGCUUCCACUGAGUUCGGAGAAUUAUGAGCAAGACACCGAUUACACCCUAUUAAUACGCUCGGUGACUCUGACUAAUCUUGGUGUUUACACGUGUCAGGCUUACAACGGCAUCGACAGGCCAGCCUCUUGGUCCGUCACUUUGCAAACGAUCGGUCCAAUCUACAAUAUCAAACCGGAGUAUCAAAACUACAUGAAAUACGUUGUCCUACCUCCAAAGAGACCGGUCACUGAGAAACCUCAGUAUCCUUACAGACCCAUUAGAACGCAUUCACCCGAUUAUAUCACGUUCGCGCCCGUUCAGCCUACAAGACCUCACAUUCUUCGCUUUACACCUCUCGAAACUACAACCAUGACUCCCGUUAUUUCUAGAUUCAAAGUACCGGUGAACGUCAGCGUGUCGGUAGGUCAAACUCAAUUUCCUGAAGGUAGCGACAUCAGCAUCGGUUGUACCAUCGACGGCUAUCCAAUCCCGCGAGUACUUUGGUACAAAGACGACAAUCUCGUUCAAACCAACAAUCGAGUGAAAAUAUCCGAAGCGAACAGACUCAUAAUCACCGAUGCGAACAAAGACGACUCGGGCCGUUAUCGAUGCGAAGCAACGAACGAAUACACGUCUGAUUCUGACAGCGUGGAUGUACUCGUAGCUGGCAUAUUUAUUCAUCCCAAUUGUCAAGACAACAGCUUCUUCGCAAAGUGCGAUCUAAUCGUGAUGGCGCGCUAUUGCAGGCACAAGUAUUAUGCCAAAUUCUGUUGUCGGUCUUGCACGGAGGAUGGCCAAUUGCCAUCAAGAGGACCGCAUCUCGACAACUUGAGAAGAAAAAGAAUGAUACUCUAAGAUACUCGAUUCUCGAGCCUAACGUCAUAUUCGUUCGAGACGAUGGACGACGAUCGUAAUCUUUCUUGAUAUAAACAUUCACUGGCGAAAGUAAGAAAUAAGAAAGGUAUGAUUAACACGAGCACCUUGCAUCGCGUACGCUAUGCGAAUCGGCAUUCAUUCACUGCCAAAGCCUUAGAACGUCUAUACAUAGAUAUAUAAUAUAUAUACGUAUAUAUAUAUAUACACACACACACGCACGCACACACACACGCGCACACACAAACACACAUACACAGACAGAUAUAUACAUAUAUUUACUGGAAAAAUGAUUGGAAGAACUCGAACGGUGCGAAGAUACGUGUGUACUCAAGAAAAAUCAUUCGUCGAUCUUCUCGUCCAUCCUUCCGUCGUUACUUUCAACUAUCUCUCUCUCUCUCUCUCUCUCUCUCUCUCUCUCUCUCUCUCCCUCUCUCUAUUUCUCUAUCUAUCUAUCUAUCCCUAUCUCCAUCUCUAUCCAUUCAUCCGUAUCUGUCUGUCCGUCUUUCUCUUCCUUUUUCUCCCUCUAACUUUCUCAUCCGUGUAUAUACAUAUGGUCUGACGCUGAAUACUAGUCCGACAGAGUUCGACGUAAGAGGAUUUGAUACUUGGAGUUUUGAAAAAAGGCAUUCGGUGAAACCUUUGCGAUUAACUAUAUAGUCUAUAGUAGCUGUAUGUAUGUACGUCAUAGCGUAAAAUCUUGCAAAGAUCAUUUGCAAAUAUUCUUAGACUUUUAUUUUAAGAUAUUACCGCGGCAACAUAUCCACUGGAGUAGCCGUCGUAACGUUAUAAAGUCAUUGGUACAAUGAAUUUUUUUUUAUAUUAUUUUUAUUUCGAUACAACGACGAAUACACUUGAGCGUAAAGUUUCGCUAGACGUACGUCGUGAGAGGAAGGAAAAUCAAGGAGAAAAGGAAGAAUUUAUCUGUGAAAAUAUAAAAAUGAUAACAGUGGCAUAACUUCGCUAUGUCGUGCGAGUCAAGAAAAUCUUGUAGGUACCUAGUUGUAUGAUGCAUAUUACGAGCGUUAUGUUGUACGAUAUAAAUAGUUGAUUAUACAAUAUAUCGUUUAUAAUCUA